CUAGAUACACCAUAUAGAUGCAUACAUAAGAGUAGGCGCUCUUCUCAUGAACAAGAUACUGAGCAACGCUCUCACCUAUGUAGCAAAGUAGCUGUGCUCAGCAAACGGAUUGUAACACUGACGCGGAUUUUUACUUGUUUCAGACGCGUCUUUUUUCUGAAUUGAGUGGCCUGAGCAGAAUGGUAUCCCUCGUGAAUUACGCGUGUAUUUUCUUGCCUCUUGCUCUCCAUCUGAUCGUCGGCCCCUGUCCCAGCUCUGCUGCCUCCACCAGGAGGUGUCACUCCAUCUAUAAGGGCUUCGCUCAGUGUCUGAUGGCUCUGGGAGACAGCCUGACCGACAGUGCCCAGAAAGAUGAGGACACACAGGAGAUACACACCAUCUGCAAGUCCUGGGAUGAGUUUCAUGACUGUGCAAACGUGGCGAUGGCCUGGUGUCCGGAUGAGGCUUCUGCUGUCUGGGAGUCUUUGCGACAGGAGUCCAAGAAGAUGCAGUUUUCUGGAAACCUGUAUUACAUGUGCUCCAGUCGUGACCAACCAGCUGCCAACGCUGAUGCCCUGAGCCCGUCCAACCAGGAAGAGAUUAGCCAGGAGUCUCUUAAAGCACACGCCCACUGUCCAGGUCCUGCCUCCUUCUUAUUGCUCCCCUCAUGUCUGUCUUUUCUGCUGCUGUUGCCUAGCCUAUAGACAUGACCAGAGUGAAGGGCAGGGAGGAACUCAUAGAGGACAUGUACAAACAGACAGUAUCAAUAAGUCACUCAUAUUUUUUUCUGUACUAAAAAGGAGUUGCAUAUAUUUCUAGCUGCACGUUCAGAUUGGCAGCUCCUCAUCUGUGUAGUGUAUUCAUUUCAUACACACAUAUCAUCUCUAUGGAUAACUUUAUAUGUUUGUACAAUACUACUGUCCUCAGAUUUUUUAUUCAUAGAAUUUAGAUGUGUAUUACAAUGAGUUUUGUUGCAAAACGCUACUUACAGUGCCUUGCAAAAGUUUUCACCCCCUUGGCAUGUUGUUGCAUUACAACCUGUAAUUUAAAUAGAUUUUUAUUUGGAUUUCAUUGUAAUGGACAUACACAAAAUAGUCCAAAUUGGUGAAGUGAAAUGAAAACAUAACUUGUUUCAAAAUAUUCAAAAAUAUUACAAUGGAAAAGUGGUGCUUGCAUGUGUAUUCACCCCCUUUGCUAUGAAGCUCUUAAAUAAGAUCUAGUGCAACCAAUUACCUUCAGAAGUUACAUACAUACAUUUGUUAAAUAAAGUGCACCUGUGUGCAAUCUAACUGUUACAUGAUCUGUCACAUGAUCUCAGUGUACAUAUACACCUGUUCUGAAAGGCCCCAGAGUCUGCAACACCACUAAGCAAGGGGCACCACCAAGCAAGCGGCACCAUGAAGACCAAGGAGUUCUCCAAACAGUGCAGGGACAAAGUUGUGGAGAAGUACAGAUCAUGGGUGGGUUAUAAAAAAAUAUCUUAAACUUUGAACAUCCCAUGGAGCACCAUUAAAUCCAUUAUAAGAAAAUGGAAAGAAUAUGGCACCACAACAAACCUGCCAGGAGAGGGCCGCCCACCAAAACUCAUGGACCAGGCAAGGAGGUCAUUAAUCAGAGAGGCAACAAAGAGACCAACGAUAACACUGAAGGAGUUGCAAAGCUCCACAGAGGAGAUUGGAGUAUCUGUCCAUAGGACCACUUUAAGCCGUACACUCCACAGCGCUGGGCUUUACGGAAGAGUGGCCAGAAAAAAGCCAUUGCUUAAAAAUAAAAUAAACAAACAUGUUUGUUGUUCACCAAAAGGCAUGUGGGAGACUCCCCGAACAUAUGGAAGAAGGUACUAAAAUGGAGCUUUCUGGCCAUCAAGGAAAACGCUAUGUCUGGUGCAAACUCUCUUCACCCCGAGAACACUAUCCCCACAGUGAAGCAUGGUGGUGGCAGCAUCAUGCUGUGGGUGUGUUUUUCAUUGGCAGGAACUGGGAAACUGGUCUGAAUUGAAGGAAUGAUGGAUGGCGCUAAAUACAGGGAUAUUCUUGAGGGAAACCUGUUUCAGUCUUCAAGCGAUUUUAGACUGGGACGGAGGUUCACCUUCCAGCAGGACAAUGACCCUAAGCAUACUGCUAAAGCAGCACUCGGGUGGUUUAAGGGGAAACAUUAAUGUCUUGGAAUGGCCUAGUCAAAGCCCAGACCUAAAUCCAAUUGAGAAUCUGUGGUAUGACUUAAAGAUUGCUGGAGCAGUUUAGCCUUGAAGAAUGGGCAAAAAUCCAAGUGGCUAGAUGUGCCAAGCAUAACACCAAGAGACUUGCAGCUGUAAUUUCUGCAAAAGGUGUCUCUACAAAGUAUUGACUUUGGUGGGGUGAAUAGUUAUCCACACUCACGUUUUCUGUUUUUUUUUGUCUUAUUUCUUGUUUGUUUCACAAGGAAAAAUAUCUUGCAUCUUCAAAGUGGUAGGCAUGUUGUGUAAAUCAAAUGAUACAAACCCCCCAAAAAAUCCAUUUUAAUUCCAGGUUGUAAGGCAACAAAAUCAGAAAAAUGCCAAGGGGGGUGAAUAGUUCCGCAAGCCACUGUAUCCAUUAUUUAGCUGGAAUGGAAUGUUCGUAUCCUGUAUAUUUAACAUAUCAAUUCAACACAUAAUAAAUAAUCUCAUGCUAUAGUACUUGGCACCCUAUUCCUUAUAUAGUGCACUAAUUUUAACCAGAGCCUAGAUCUCAUAUUACGGUAUUGAUAAAUGUUUUAAUAUAUAUAUAUUUUAAAUAUUAAUGUCCCAAAUGUAUCAUUUCUACAGUUCUUUAAUAAAAAUAUAAUUAUAUGUCACAUUUGACUGUGUAAAACCUUGCAGUACUACUCUUUUCUCUGAGAGGGAGGCGGAUACAAUGGGGUCUGAAAUUAUUGAGAGCCUUGAUAAAGUAAAUAAUGAAUGUAUAAAAUAAAUAAUUCAAGUAAUGAACUAUAUUGUAUGCUCCAAAAAAUGUGGAAAUUAUAUUUUAUACUAACACAAUUUCUCAAAGAAAGAGAUUUAGUUUAAUAAGUAAUCAUUUUUUUCUCAAAAAGGUGGGAGUCAAAAUGAUUGACAUCCCUAAAGAUUCUUAUAAAUAAAGUAGUCAAAAGUUGAGUAUUUGUUCCCAUUUAGCAUUUGUUCCUAUUCCUAGCAUGCAAUGACAACAUCAGGCUUGUUACUACAAACUUGUUGGAUGCAUUUGCAGUUAGUUUUGGUUAUGUUUUAGAUUAUUUUGUGCCCAAUAGAAAUGAAUGGUAAAUAAUGUAUUGAGUCAUUUUCAACUCACUUUUAUUAUAAAUAAGAAUAGAACAUGUUUCUAAACACUUACCAUGAUUAUGGGUAAUCCUUAAUGAAUUGUGAUUAAUGAUAAUUGAGAAAGUUACAGAGAGUCAAAGAUCAAACCUCCAAGACAUGCUAACCUCUCACCAU